AUGUUGUUAGCUCUAAUUCUCAUUAGUAAGGAAAUUUUAGCCAUCUCUCAAUUAAGAGACGGUAGCCUACUCUUACUUGUUAAAGAUAAUGUAACGGCAACAAAGUUUAUUAAUUCUAAGGAUUUACAUGGUAUAUGCCCUAUAGUAUGCAAACUACAUGAACAACUCAAUUACACCAAGGGCACAGUUUAUGCUCCAUAUCUCAAAUCUGUUCCCGAUAAUGAAAUCGUAAGUGAACUAAGCUCUCAAGGAGUUGUCAACGUCUAUAAAUAUGAGAAAUUAAUUGAUGGUAAAAAUAUUCCUUCCGGUGUCAUUUUAUUAACAUUUGAUCUUUACACAAUCCCAGAAUCAAUUGACAUAUCAUGGUACAAGGUGAAAGUACGUGAGUAUAUCCCCAAUCCCAUGAGAUGCAAAAGUUGUCAAUUAUUAGGCCAUACUAUUAAACGUUGUCAAAAUUCCCCCUCCAGCGUUAAUUGCAAUCUACCUCCCCACACUGAUACGGCAUGCACAAGAUUAUACUGUGCCAACUGUGCCGAAGACCAUCCAGCCUCUUCCAAUAAAUGUUCAAAGUUUAUUCAGCAAAAAGAAAUUCUUAAAAUAAAAACCCAAAGAAAAUGUACAAUGCGCGAAGCAACAAAUAUUCAUAGAGAACAAUUUAAAAAUACCAACACCUCUACAUCAUACUCCAAAAUUGUCAAAAUACCACUUCAUUAA